GAUCACAUCUCCCUUGUUCUGUCCUCAUCUGUGGAGCUGUGAUCUGUGAGGUGGUGGGAGCCGCAGGCGGGACUCAGGGGGCCCAGGAAACCAGAAAUGGACUCAGUGGCCUUUGAGGAUGUUAAUGUGGAGUUCACCAUGGAGGAGUGGGCUUUCCUGGAUCUGACCCAGAAGAAACUCUACACAGAUGUGAUGCUGGAAACCUUCUGGAACCUGGCAUCAUUUAUAAUGCUUUUUCUAGCAUGUAUUGUAGAAGAAAAAUGUGAAGGCCAUGACAUUGAAGAUCAGUAUGAAAAUCAUGGGCUGAAUCUUAGGUUGUGUAGUCAAAUCUUCAUACAUUAUUUAUCCUUUAAUAACCACCUGAGCUCUACCAUUGGACCCAAACUACACCUGUGUCAGGAAUAUGAAGAAAACCCUCAUAAAUGUAAGGAACCUGAGAAAGCUAUUAAGCAUCACCAACAUAUUCGAAGACAUGAAGGGAAACCCAGUGGAGAAAAGACGUAUGAAUGUAAGGUAUGUGGGAAAGCUUUCCACUAUUCAACUUCCCUUAGAAAUCACGGAAGAUCACAUAUUGGUGGGAAACCAUAUGAGUGUAAGCACUGUGGCAAAGGCUUUAGUUAUCUCAUUUAUUUUAUAAUCCACAAAAACACUCAUAUUGGCAAGAAACCAUAUCAAAGUAAGCAAUGUGGCAAAGCUAUCAGAUCUCCCAAUUCUCUUAGAAAUCAUGAAAGAACACAUACUGGUGAGAAACCUUAUGAAUGUAAGCAAUGUGGGAAAGUCUUCAGUUGGCUCAGCUCUCUUGGGAAACAUAAAAGAAGUCAUGAUGGAAAGAAGCCUCAUGAAUGUAAGGAAUGUGGUAAAACAUUCCGUGAUCGCUGUUCCCUUAGAGAUCAUGAAAGAACUCAUACUGGAUCAAAACCCUAUGAAUGUAAGCAUUGUGGUAAAGAUUUCUCUCAUCGAACUUCCCUCCAGCGUCAUGAAAGAAUUCAUACUGGGGAAAAACCAUAUAAAUGUAAGCUUUGUUGCAAAGCUUUUUCUUAUGUAGUUUCACUCCAUCGUCAUGAAAGAACUCAUACUGGGGAAAAACCGUAUGAAUGUAAGCUUUGUGGUAAAGUUUUCUCUUAUUCAACUUCCCUCCAAAAUCAUAAAACAACUCAUACCGGGGAAAAACCCUAUGAAUGUAAGCAAUGUGGGAAAGUCUUCAGUAGGCUCAGCUCUCUUGGAAAACAUAAAAAGAGUCAUGAAGGAAUGAAACCUCAUGAAUGUAAGGAAUGUGGUAAAACAUUCUAUGAUCCCUAUUACUUUCGAGAUCAUGAGAGAAUUCAUACUGGGUCGAAACCCUAUGAAUGUAAGCAUUGUGAUAAAUAUUUCUCUCGUCGAACUUCCCUCCGACGUCAUGAAAGAAUUCAUACUGGGGAAAAACCCUAUAAAUGUAAGCAUUGUGGCAAAGCUUUCUCUUAUCCCACUUACCUCCAAUGUCAUGAAAGAACUCAUACUGGGGAAAAACCCUAUAAAUGUAAGCAUUGUGGCAAAGCUUUCUCUUAUCCCACUUACCUCCAAUGUCAUGAAAGAACUCAUACUGGGGAAAAACCCUAUAAAUGUAAGCAUUGUGGCAAAGCUUUCUCUUAUCCAGUUCCUCUCCAAGAUCAUGAAAGAACUCAUACCGGGGAAAAACCCUAUGAAUGUAAGCAUUGUGGCAAAGCUUUCCAUAGUCGCAAGUACUCUCGAGAACAUGAAAGAACACAAUGUGGAGAAAAGCCCUAUGAAUGUCAGCAAUGUGGUAAGACUUUUAAUUUUUCCACAUCUCUUAGAUAUCAUGAAAAAAUGCAUACUGGGGAGAAACCCUAUGAAUGUAAGCAAUGUGGGAAAGCUUUCAGACAUUCCACUUCUCUUAGAAAUCAUGAAAGGAUGCAUACUGGGGAGAAACCCUAUGAAUGUAAGGAAUGUGAGAAAUCCUUCUUCUCUACCAAAUGUCUUAGAGAACAUAAAAUAACUCAUCAUGGAAAGAAGUCUCAUGAAUGUAAGGAAUGUGGUAAAAGUUUCCUUUAUCCCUAUUACCUUAGAAAUCAUGAAAGAACUCACACUGGGGAAAAACCCUAUGAAUGUAAGCAUUGUGGCAAAGCUUUCUCUUACUCAGCUUCCCUCCGAUGUCAUGUAAGAACUCAUACUGAUACCACUGUGACAGCUACAAUGGUGCAGUGCCAAGGAGCCACGGGACAGUUUUAA